AUGAAGACGGAGAAGGACGAGGCUGUGCCCACCUUCUCCCUGGGGGGGAAGCACUACCAGUGCUCAAGCUACGGCUGCAAACUGGCCUUCCCCAGCAUGCAGGAGCUGAUGGACCACCUGAAGGUCCACUACAUACCCACGCAGUCCCUUGAGGGCAAAACCUUCCAGUGCCCUACGCUGGGCUGCACAGAGACCUUCCCCAGCAUGCAGGACCUCAUGGCCCACAUGAAGGUGCACUACAAGCCAAACCGCUACUUCAAGUGUGAGAACUGCAUGCUGCGCUUCCGGACGCACCGCUCCCUCUUCAAGCACCUGCACGUCUGCUCUGACAGCGCCAGCAGCCCCGCGCCACCCCCCAAAGCCGACAAGCCCGCAGAGGCUGCUACGGGGUGA